AGUUUUCACUACUAAACGUAGAGAACAGUUAACUGCUUGUCAGUAGCACAUAAGAACAACAAUUGUUUUUAUAACCUCUUGUCUGUUUUCGAUAAUGCCUUUCAAGCAUUCUGAUAAGACUGGUGUUGUUUUUCCUUCGUCGGUCUGUGGAUGAUUCUUUCUUGGCUCAGUUUGCUAUAAGUGAUAGUUAUGAUGUGUAGAAUUAAUAUAUUGUUUGUGAUAUUGUUAAUUGGAGUUGUCCGGGUACAAUGUAGGAGAUCCGGGGGUCGCUCUAGACCGUCAUACUCACGACCUUCAUACUCACGCCCCUCCUAUCACCCUUCCCCCUCUUAUCACCCAUCCCCGUCGUACCAUCCCUCACCAUCGUACCAUCCCUCACCAUCGUAUCAUCCAUCACCAUCAUACCAUCCUUCCCCCUCACACACUCCUUCAUCGCCAUCUCACCCAUCUGCCCCAAAACCAUCACCCUCUCGUCCUUCCUCAGUUCACCCGUCCCCAGGAAGUCUUUCUUAUCCUGAUUAUCACCCACCGCCGGCUCCCCCUGCAUAUCGACCUCCAGGAUACGGAAGUGGAACUGUGAGACCCAUUGGGUUUAACCCACCAAGCAGCCACCCGUCUGCACCUCAUCCGUCUGCACCUGUUGGACCACCGAAGCAGAGCUCUCCAUUGGGAAAUGCUCCCGAGACAG